UGGAGGCGGAAGUCGUAUUGUUUUUGCUGCUAGGGUCAAACUGAUGUGAGACGUGUUAAAGCGGAUUGUUUAACAGCAAAAUGAUGCUCAGCAUUGUGGAGAAUGACAUUUAGGGACGUUUUAAUAGUUAAUGUUGCUGUUAGUUGGUGGAUUUGAGUUGAACGGCGCAGAAAUAUGCAGCUUUGACAACUCCAAUUCUUCAUGUCUGGAAGCUGAUUGGCUGAGUUAAACGUCGGCUCACCGUCUGCCAAGAAAACCAAUUGAAGACAGAGUGCUGUCUCCUCUCUCACAGUGCAGCUGUGUAUUUACAGGUGCAGCUCAGAUAUGACUAAGAGAAGCCCAUCUCUCCAGCUUGUCAAAAGGAUGCUGAACCAUCACUGCAGAAGGAACCCUGAGCUUCAUGAGGAGCUGCAGAUCCAGGCUGCAGUGGCAGCGGGGGAUGUCUGCACCGUCAGGAGAAUGCUCGAGCAAGGAUACUCCCCUAAGAUCCGGGAUGCCAACGGCUGGACACUACUCCACUUCUCCGCCGCCAAAGGAAAAGAGAGAUGUGUUAGAGUCUUUCUUGAGCACGGAGCUGACCCCACAGUGAAAGACUUUAUCGGUGGCUUCACAGCACUUCACUAUGCCGCUAUGCAUGGCAGAGCGCGUAUCGCCCGACUCAUGCUGGAAUCUGAGUUUCGCAGUGACAUUAUAAACGCAAAAAGCAACGAUGGCUGGACGCCACUGCACGUGGCCGCCCACUACGGCCGCGACUCGUUUGUACGUCUCCUCCUCGAGUUCAGGGCCGAGGUGGAUCCGCUGAGUGACAAAGGGACUACACCACUACAGUUAGCCAUCAUCCGUGAGCGCUCCAGCUGUGUACGGAUCCUACUGGACCACAGUGCCAAUAUUGACAUUCAAAACGGCUUCCUAUUGCGAUACGCUGUCAUCAAAGGCAAUCACUCGUACUGCCGCAUGUUCCUGCAGAGGGGAGCGGACACUAAUCUCGGACGUCUUGAAGAUGGCCAGACCCCCUUGCACCUGUCUGCCCUCAGGGACGAUGUGCUGUGCGCCGAGAUGCUCUACACGUACGGGGCUGAUACCAACACCAGGAACUAUGAGGGCCAGACACCAGUUGCUGUGUCUGUUAGCAUGUCUGGGAUCAGCCGGCCUUGUCUGGACUUCCUACAGGAUGUCACCAGACAACCUCGGACUCUACAAGACUUGUGUCGAAUAAAAAUCCGUCACUGCAUUGGCCUCCAAAGCUUGAAAUUGUUGGAGGAUCUACCAAUUGCAAAGGUUAUGAAAGACUAUUUAAAACACAAGUUUGACAAUGUGUGAAGGCAACAAUACAAUGGUGACUAAAACUCUCUGCUAUCAUGUAUAAAGACUAUGCAAUCACUAUGCUCUUUGUCUGGAAGGAAUGUCCACAGGUCUGUUGUGUACAUGCUGAAGGAAGGAUAGUUAGUCUCGUUUGGUUGUCCAGUUUUGUGCCCGCUUUCCAUUUGAGUCUUUUUUACAUUGCGAACAGUGAUUGAAAAAUGGAAAUGGACCCACCACGUGAGCUAAGGUAAUGGUGUGUUUUGGAAAAAAGAAAACCUCAUUUGACAGAUAGCAUUGUUACUACAGUUAGCAUUAUAAACAUUUAUGUUGUCACUGUAAACAUGUGCAUGAUGUUAUCCUCAGUGGGUCUGAUUGUCAUCAAGUGCAUACUUGCCAAUGAGUCUUUUUGUACUAUAAUAGACUAAACUCAAAUUGCAGCAGUUACGAUGAUUUUCUUUCUGUCUCAAAAUUAGCAAAUUGUUGAGCUACUCAAAAAAUGAUAGCUUUAAAGAAACACUCGACAAGGUACACUCCCUGAUUUAGUUUCAUCACCCAAUAGUGACUCUACUUCCCAUAAUAACCUGGUUUCAAGCCUGGUAUUCACUACCAACAUCUCCAAUUGUUCAGAAUUUUUAGGCAAAUAGCACUCAUGUUGUGCCCCUUUGAAGGGUGGGGGGGUCAAUUUUUUCUCCAGUGCGGGAGAAGGGGCCGUGCUUCAGUGUAAUGAAACUGUAAUACUUCAUACACAUUUUUAAAAAUUGAGUUCUCAAAUUACCUGAUUGAUCAAUCAAAUUCAUUACAGCAGUUCAUGGGGCAUGUACCACACAACAACCUUUGUAGUCAGGGGUCAACAAUGUAUUCUAGAGCAAAACUGCCAGCAAGUCAGAAACACACACACAUAUACACACACACACACACAAAUUUGUCUGGGAAAUUUUUGUUUUUUAUGAAAAUUAUCCAAAAAAAUAAAUCAACAUUCCACAUUAUGACGAUGGCCAGCUUUUACCCAGGACGUCACAAAUUGAGUAGGGUCAAAGACUGUGAUGUAAUUUGUAAUCUAGAGAAACUUUGACAGUUAGCAAGCAUGCCCAUUUAGCGUUCAGGACAUUUGUUCAUUUGUCAGCCCCCUGCUGUCAACACGUGUACCCCUAAAAAAUUCAGAACCGAUUUAAAAUAUGCAUUAAUAUCCGGAAAGGACCAUGUACGACAGCCAUCGUUCUGCUCCAAGUCUCUGUGCUCGAGCUACGAUUUUUCAAGUUCCGGAAUUGGACUUGUUAGGGAAAAUGUUUUCUCAAACUUGUCAGAGCUGUGAUUUUGUAAUAUGUUGUUGCCACCCACAAAGGGGGUGUUUCCAUCUUUGUUCGGACCCUGUGGCACCCAACAUUGCUGGAAGCGUAAAACCCUCCAAACAGUGACAAAUGGGAACUCUGCUUACUCCAUUCAAAAGUAUGCAAAAUGUAAGACGUUUAGGCUCAGUUCCUUAUAUUCUGAAAUUUGGCAUACUUUUGAAUUGAAUGGUCAGUUUGGACAGCCUGCCAUGUCAAAAAUGUGAUAGAUUGUCACAGUGACGCUCAUAUUUUUGACAUGGACUUUCAAAAAAUAGUUGAUUUUCGAGUUUCUGUAAAUUAUGAGCGUCAGUAUAAGUAAAUAUGCAGGAUUAUUAAAACGGUAAAUAAUGUAUUCACAGAACCACAAAGCAAACGUUUUGAAAACGAUACUAAAAGUAUUGCAGCUGAACUGCUGCACAUAUGCGCACAGAGGUUUGUCAUUUUAUACAGUAGUUAGAGAAAAAAGCCUACAAAACACACCGUAUGAAACAUUAUAAAAACACCAAUCCAAAACUAAUACAAUGAUAUGGUAAUUUAAAGAGCAUAAAAUACAAAUUGAGGCAAUCCCAAAAAAAUGUUUCAACAACAGAAUAAUUGCCAGAAAUGAUUUUCUGAAACGUAUAUAUAUAUUUACAUUUUCUUAAAGCAAGCGCCAUCUCAUGUUUACAGAAUUAAUGGGUAUGUUUACAGUGGAAUCUAUAUACGCUCCGUCAAAGAGAGCAGCUGUUCCAUCCGAGGCAUUUUUGAAAAAGCUUCCCAGGCUCCGUUUCACCCUCUUGGAUUGCAUCUUACCAGCUAUUUCAGCUGCUUUAGCUGCAGCUUGUGUGUGGCUCUGUGACCGUUGCAGCUUGCACCUCCAACAGUGACAGAAUAACUGCUACCACUCUGGUCUUGAUGAACUCCUGGUGGUCAUCAGCUAUAUAUGUAUCGACCAAUGGGUCAACCAAUGAGGCCAUAUCCAGCAGGUCAACCAUUCCUGGGUCGGAGUGCUGCUCUUUUAAUUACUCUAGGAUGACUCUUCAUCAUCAGCUGCAGCAAGAACAUUGUUGUUGAAAAGAUGGAGAACAGGAUUGAUGUACGACACACACAUACUGACAUACUGUUCUCCAGACAGUACGUCUGUGAAUUCCAGCAGUGGGCCAAUGGGCUUGCCUAUAGAUUCCAAUACAUCUGUAUCUUGCCAAGUGGGUACCAGGUGUCUGGUUUUCCUGUUUGUCAAAUACAACAUUACUAUGCAGUAAUAUAGACAAAUAUUACAGUGUAAUGUUCAAAUAUUUUAAUAUUAUACACAAAACGUUUUAACCUACCGAUGGUGCAGCUUGUGUCCGAAGCAUUGCAGCCUGUUCCAAUCACUCAGAGAUGCUGCAUUGACCAAGUUUGUUCCAUUAUCUGUAGUGUUUCAUACUUGGCGUUCUUCUGUAAAAUGACCUCUCUCUACCGUGUGAAAAGGGACCAUGUCCUUACACAGGUAAACCGUUAUGGCGCCGGUAAAUUAAAUCCAUUGCGGGCUCUUUCCUACUGUAAGGAGUACCUUUUGAAAAUUACUGUUAGAUAGUAGUCUGGGUCAGUUCCUGCUUUUCUGUCCUGCGUUCUUCAGACUGGAUCUUGGGGUUACCUCUCUUAGCCGGAACUGUCCCACACACUCUACAGAGUAUUGUUGCUGCUGCUCAUCGGACGGCUUAAAUCCAAACCAAGUCCAAAUAAUGGAUGUUGCGCUCUUUUGUUUUCACUCUUUUUCAUGCUUGUUUAAGAUGGUGAUGAUGCGUUGCAGCGGGUUGCAGCUCGUGGCUCUAAACUUUGUGGGUAGAUCGCAUCUUCAACAUGAAUUAUCCCAAUAGUGCAACAUAAUUAAAAUCUCUAUCAUAGGCAAAUUUUUUUAUCAUUUAUAUGCAUAUUGUCUCCAUCUACCCUGUGCCCAUUGACCUCUAUUUCCAACAGUUGCCAGCUCAAGAAAUGCAGUGUCAUUUGCACAAUUCUGCAUUGCUCAGGCAGUUAAUCGUGCGUCUGGCGUAAAUUCUUAAAUUAGCGGGGGCCCACCAGUUCUGAGUUAGGCUCAAUCUGUACACUGUGAGAUUGAUAAUAUUCAGCCUAAAUGAUCAGGCUACAAAAUGUCUUCCAGGCUCACUGCUGAUGCUUUGGAAUUUUCAAAUAUCCACAGUAAGCCGAGAGGACAUUUUUAAGGGUUAAAGCUGCCACUGUGUGCUAUGACCAAAUCAGAGAGUGAAUCUUAAAAAAUAAUACACAGGAUUAGAUGGACUAAAAAAUUGCUUAUUUGUUUGUUUUUUUCUGAUAUGCAAGAAUAAGUAGCACAGAUACAUUGGUAUUUUAAAAUGACACAAACAAGAUUAUAACCUGCAGUUGAAAUUAUUUUGGAACUUCAUGGUUAGAAAUAUGUUGAUACAACCAGUUGAACAGUAACAAUGUUCUGCAGUGAUCAACUAUAAAUCAUUUCCUUUUUUACACUAAAAGUAGACGUACAUUCAAGUUUGGAGUAAAUGCCCUGUGAUAAAGCAGUUGUUGAGGAAAUCAUGAACAAUAAGGUCUGUUUUGGAUAACACUGAUACAAUCGCUAGAAGCUACUGUCGAUGUAAAUAUGUUACAUGUACAACAAAUAUUUUUGUAGAAUUUAUUUAAGCAAUGAUCUCUGGUAUUCUUAAUGUAUUUAAAGUUUGGUGUGAGUAUUUUUAAGUUUGAGUUGAAGUACUUUGUUGUACAAGAAUAAUUUGGAAUCAACGUUUGAUUUUUAUGGCAGAAAUGUUGGGUGCUUUCUUAAAAUUCAUCAUCUCUUGCAGGUAACUGUUGUGGAGAUUAUACUGUGAAUUUUUAAUUUUUGACAAUUCAAAAUAAAAUGUAGGAUUUGGGAGUUAAAUAAUGCCCAUGCCACAGGAACUAUUUUUGUUGUUGUUUCUGCAUGUGUUCGAAAUUUGUAGUGACAUUAUGUGGCACUUAAAGUUGGUUUUCCAAAAAUGUCGUAUUCACAAAUCCAUUGUAACAAUGUUCACCUGCAGUAACAUGUUAGUGUUUGUCUGCAACUUUGAAUUAGGACAUUUUGUGAAAGGGGUAUACAUUAUGAACUGCAUGCUGUAUGCAGGUAAACUGAGAUUAAAACUUAUUUUUAUUUAUUUCUUUAAACAAGACUACAAACCGACAGUAAAUGGGCUACUAAAGGGAUAUGAAUACAGCUAAGACCACAAACAUACACUUGUGUAUCCAAUUUUAGGGGCUGCAUCUAUCAAAGUCUGCCUUUCUAAACCGAAUACAGCGUAACAGAUGAAAAGACCUGACCUAUUUUAAAGCCUUUUUCCAAAUGCAACCUUCUAUUUUCCUGAAUGUGAUGGACACUGCCAGAGUGUUCUUUGUGUUCCUAAAGGCCCCUUUACACUGUGUAAAAAAAAAAAAAAAAAAAAUGUGUGGAGUUCAUUUCCUUCCUUAGAAAACAUGUGCUAAGCAAUAAAAAUACUCAAAUGACAGUUGUAUUGAAGUACAGCAUAGUAACUUUCCACAUCUGAUAAAAUACAAUACAAGGCUAUAAUGAUAUUCAUAUGUAGCAAGCCUAAACAUUAAUUUUCAACAUCUGUCAGCAGCUCGGACACACUGUCACCUGUUGGGAUACAGAUGUUGUCUGUACCGUCUCUGGUUCUGGCUCUGACCACGGGAUCAGAGAUGGGACAGCACCUCGCUUCAACGUCAUAACUCCUGAAAAUAAUAUUCAUCUGGCAAAUGUAUUGGUCUCUGCAGUCAUCUUAACAAUCCAAUACAGCAACAGGAAAUGAUGCUCACGUUUUUGUUUUGUUUUUACUGUGAAGAAAUGUUUUGCGGUGUUGGUGAAUUCUUAAAAAAAAAAAAAAAAAACUAAAUGUUGAGUUAAAAUACGUUGUAACUCGCAUUACUGAGAUUGUAAAGGGUAUAAUGGCUAUGAUAUCACCAAAAUUUUAUUUGUAACAUGUUAGUCCCAACACUGUACAUACCAUUUAAGCAAGUUAAUAUCUGAUUAAUUAAUUAUUUCAAUUCAAUUUCAUUUAUAGUAUCAAAUCAUAACAAAAGUUCUCUAAUAGAGUUGGACUAGACCACACACUUUAAUUUACAAAGACCCAACAAUUCCAGUAAUUCUCACAAGAGCAAGCUUUUAGAGUGACAAUGGCGCGGAAAAACUUCUUUUUAGGCAGAAACCUGGAGUGCUAAACAAAACUGCCUUGUAGGGAGAAACCUCAGAAAGACCCAGGCUCUUGGUACCCCCAACUGCCGGUGUUGGUUGGGGGUGUGAUGGACAUUGGCAAUUGUAGUCACAAUAAAGAUAAUGGAGCUAUGACUAGAAAUAGUAGUUGUAGGAGUUCAUGGCGUAGCAGAGCACUACAGAGUGUAGCAGGGCACUGCAAGGCAUAGCAGGAUGUAGUAGGGCGUAGAAGGGCACUGCAGGGUGUAGCAGGGCACAGAGCAGGACCACGGCGACAGCUGGAACCAUGAUUUAGGUGCCACCCUAAUCCAAGGAAAACUGCGGGGCCAAAAAACACAAGGACUUCAGGGGGAAUAAACUCUCUAGAGAUAAGAUAGUAACGAGCAUUUCUGGGACUUGAAUGCAACAUCCAUCAUCCAACAUCCAAGUGUAUCAAAGGACGUCCCCCGGCAGUCUAAAACUAUAACAGCAUAAUUGAGCCAGCUCUAUAAGGCUUGAUAGAUGAAGCUGACCACUAUGAAGAGAAGGAGGGGGAGGACGUGUCUGCGGUUAUACACCCUCCCCCAUCGGUUUAUCUGAUAGGCACUUCUUAUUUAUUUUUGUUAAGUGUCAGUGCUAUUGCUGCAUUUUGAAAACAUGAUGUGAGUAGAUAGUAGAUCUUUCUCUAUGUAGAUUCACCAAACGUUCAUCAUAUUUGUGGCAUGCUUCAAAAUUGAUAACACAGAUUGCAACCAAGAUUGUAUUGGACCAUUUCACACAAUGUGAGAUGAGAUGAACCUGUAAGACUGUUGUUAUCACACAGUUUAUAGGGGCCCUAAUUAAAUGAAUGCUGCAUUGACUUUUGUUUAAUGAUGCCCUUGUAGUCUUAAAAAGUAUUUUGUAAACAUAGCAUGGGUCCAUUGGGUCAUCAUUUGCCAGCUGUUGAAAUAUGAAAUUAAGUUGUCAAUCAUUACAGAUUUUGGAAUGUUACACAUAUAUAGUUGACCUCUGGUAUCAACUAUUGUCAGCCGUUUAAACGCUAAACUUUUAUUUGGAUAAGGAUGACAUUAGUUUGCUCUUUAGGGUAGUGUCUCUUGGUGUACAAUAUAUGUACAACCCAGUAGUAUUCAGAAUGACACACUUUUGUAGGCUGUAUCCUCUAAAAGAAGCAGUAGCUGUGAUGGGCAUUUACUUUCACUAAUUUAAGUGUGAGUUUUGUGAUUUUGCAUAUGGCCAGGUUUCAAUCUAAAUUUACUUUUAGUGCUAAUUCGUUAUAAAUAGCAAAAUGGAUGCAGCCCUUCCUUUUGACUCACUGAUCAUUUUGAUCUUGUAGUAUUCCCAGAUGUGAGUGUAAAUAAACUGAAGGUUUUUAAGUGUUAAUCAUGCCAGAAUAUUUACAACAUUUCAGUUCCGUUUCAUGUUCCAUGCUGUCGGUCUUUCUGUACCUGAUUCUGGAUUUGAUACAAGACCAUUUUACAACAGCAGUUUUGUAUUGCGUGUGAAAGACUUUGUCACACAUUGACUGCCUUCUCCGAUCGGUUCCUCAGCAGCCUUUGGUCGUCGACGUCAGGGAUACACUUCAUACAUGUUUUAUGUGGCCGUCAAAUGGCUGUAAGUCUUCCACACCAUUUAACUACUGAAUAUACAGAAUAUGCAGAUUUUCAAACGUAAAAAGCAAAAUGUAUGAAUAAACUAAAGUUAACGUUUUGA